AUGGAGACAAAUGCUGAUUCAUCAUUAACAUCUUCAACUACUACAACUAUUUCGUCUACUCCUACACCGGCAUCAUCAUUUGUUAAUUUAUUUUUAAAUGAAAUCAAUAAUCAAGAUAUUUAUUGUUUACUUGAUGUUCAACGUUCACUACUUGAACAAUUAGAUAAAACAAAUGAAAAAAUUGAUGGAAUUAAUAAAUUAUCAGCUAAAAAUUAUUUAGAUGCAUCACGAGAUUUUUCAAGUCAUACACAAAUGUUAACAACAAUGAAAACUGAUCUUGAUUUAAUAUUCAAACGAAUAAAAUUAUUAAAAAUGCGAUUAAAUAAAAAAUAUCCUGAAGCUUAUGCGUCGGUUCUUCGAACGAAUGCAAUACAAAAUCCAUCUCUUGAUGAAGAAGAUGAUGAUAUAAAUGAAUUACCAACAUCCGUGAAAUCUGUUACAAGUCCAUCACUUGUUAAAUCGAAAACAAUUGAUUGCUCACAAUUUCCGUCAUCAAUACGUGAAAGUCAUAGUUUAACACAAAUACCAAAUAAUAAAAAUAUUGAAUAG